AUGAUAUCACAAACGAAGUUGGUCAUCAUUGGAGAUGGUGCCUGUGGGAAAACCAGUCUGCUCAGUGUCUUCACUCUGGGCUACUUUCCAACGCAUUAUGUGCCAACGGUCUUCGAAAACUACGUAACAGAUUGCCGCGUGGACGGUCGGUCGGUUCAGUUGGCUCUAUGGGAUACUGCUGGUCAGGAAGACUACGAACGGCUGCGUCCGCUGGCCUACUCGAAAGCGCAUGUGAUCCUGAUCGGCUUCUCGGUGGAUACACCUGAUUCGUUGGAGAACGUCAAACACAAGUGGAUUGAAGAAGCGAAUGAGCGAUGUCCCGGCGUCCCCAUCAUCCUGGUCGGGUUGAAGAAAGAUCUCCGGGAGGAUCCUUUAGCGGUCGAGGAGAUGCGGAAAAAGUCGCUCAAGUUCGUCACAUCCAAGGAAGGAAGUGAUAUCGGCACGCAGAUUGGCGCCCGCAAGUACUUGGAAUGUUCCUCAUUGACGGGGGAGGGCGUUGACGACGUGUUCGAAGCCGCGACGCGGGCCGCCCUGCUGACAUUCGAUAAGCGGAAGAGCUCAUGCUGUAUUGUGCUAUGA